AUGAAAGCUCAACUUGGUCUCCUGGCAGUGUUGCUGGCAGGUUCGUCAUUUGCAUCGGCUAAAUCGAUCUAUGUUGACUGUUCUGGAAACGGCUCUGGGAAUGGCUCACAAGCCCAUCCCUACACGUCAUUGUCCCUAGUCAAUGAUUUCACCUUCAGUCCCGGUGAUAAACUUCUCUUCAAAUCAGAGGUUAACUGCACUGGUCAACUGGUGCCCCAGGGCAGCGGCACGAAGGAUUAUCCUAUCACUAUCAGUCGAUAUGGCGACGGGGGUCUUCCUGUGAUUGAUGCGGAAGGUCAAUUCAAUGCGACCGUCUACCUUCUAAAUGUCGAUUACUGGAUUGUGUCUGAUCUUUUUCUCACAAACGCGGCCGAGGAAGAAAGUCGACGCCAGGGUAUUGAUGUGGAGGCCACUGACGGUCGCAUCCACGCUGGGAUUACAAUCAAAAAUUUACAAAUCGAUAACGUUGCUGGAAAUACAAACAAACGGCUCUAUUCAAGCGACUACAGCAACUCAGCAUGCAUUUUACUCCAAGGGACCACGAACUAUUCCCGCUAUGAUGAUGUUGAGAUAUAUGGUAACAAUAUGUCCAACUGUGGCGGGGGUGGUAUCAAGGUGCGCCUUGGCCAACUCAAUAAUCAGGGUAAAAAUCUACGAGUGCACGACAAUACCAUUGAACAAGUUGGUGGAGACGGUAUUGUUGUCUCCUAUGCGAUAUCGCCUUUGAUUGACCAUAACGUUGCUGGAGACCUUGGUUAUGGAACAUAUCCCUACUCCGGUGGAAAUUUCGCUGGCAUCUGGGUGCUCGGAUGCUACAAUGCGGUAAUGCGAUACAAUAUUGUGUAUGGAUCUGUUAUGUCUGAGAUUGAUAGCGAAGCUUUCGACUGCGACUGGGGGAAUACCGGAACAUGCACAGUCGAGUACAAUUACAGCCACGAUAACGCCGGGGGAAUCUUCCUUAACUGUGACGGAUGUGGCACCUCCCCUGGCGGUGCUACACAGAUUGUCAGAUAUAACAUUUUUGAAAACGACUGCCGGAUUUAUAGCAAUGGUGAUGCUCCAACUCUGUGGUUCUACAAUAAUGUCGUCUAUUGCCCCAACAAAGACCUCGAACUUCAUUUGCCACCUUCAACCAAUUUUUGGAACAAUAUUGUUGUGGCGACCGAGAACUCCACUCUUCCGUUUGGCGCGAACGUUGAUUACCAGACAAAUCUGUACCAGAACAUGAAAUUGCCUUCAUGGCUAAAAAUCCAAGGGAGCCCGGACUUCGUGGAAGCAGGGCAAAACAGCAGCACCUUGGAGGGUUUGAAUGGUUACAAGCUCCAAAAAGGGAGCGAAGCCUUGCAGAAAGGGACAAUUGUUGAUGAUGACGGUGGAAAGGACUUUUGGGGAGCUGAAAUCUCAAAUGGAAAGCCAAAUAUUGGAGCCUACGCGGGUCGCGGAAUAUAG